CACUUCGCUCCUGUCAGUCUCGGGUCAGUUUGCGCCGCAGCCCCGGGCGCGUAAACAUCCGUCAAACUCUGUAAAACUGCGCCCAAACAUGGACCAAAGUCUGUAAAACUGCACUUUCUCUGCCCGGAAGCCCCCGCGGCUCUCCCCUCAGCAUGUGCCCGGCCCUGGAGCUCAUCGGCCGGGCGUAAACACGGGACUGAACCGCCGUUAGCCGCUUCUGCUCGGGCGGUGGGGCCAUGGCGGGGCUCCUGCGAUACCUGGAGCCCGUGAGAAGUGCACUGAAGCUGGACUUGUUGAAGGAGGUGACGCGGCAGUAUCCGGUCUUCUGCUUCCUGCUGGGGGCGCUGCUGUCCCUCACGGUGCUGCUCAACAGACACCUGCACGUCCUCAUGCUCUUCUGGUCGUUUCUGGCUGGACUGGUGACGUUUUACUGCUCCCUGAGUCCGGACACUCUGCUGCCGAGCGUGCUGCCCUCCCCCAGGCCCCACCGCCAGCGUCAGGAGCAGGAGCUGUUCCCGUCUGGACUCAGCUGCGCCGUGUGCGGGAAGAACAAGUGCAAGAGACACCGGCCGACUCUGCGCCUGGAGAACCAUCAGCCCUGGUUAGACCUGAAGGUUCAUUCUAAAGUGGACGCCUCCAUCGCAGAGGUGUUUGAGUUGGUGUUGGAGAACUUUGUCUUCCCCUGGUACAGGGACAUCACCUCUGAUGACGACUGUGUGGACGAGAUCAGAAUGACCUUCAGAUUCUUCGCCUCGGUUCUGGUUCGCAGAGCGCAGAAGGUGGAUGUUCCGGCCGUGUUCGCUGAUAAAGUGAUGAAAGCUGCAAUGAAGCACCUCGAGGUCGUCACCACAGCCAGAAACAGAGUGAGCCGUGUGGAGGAGCUGCAGAGAGCCGCUCUGGUGGAGUACGGCUCUCACCUCCACGUCGCCCUCCGCAGUCGCAGAGAGGAACUGCAGUACCUCCGGACGCUCACCGAGAUGCUCCUCCCCCACGUCCUCCCCCCCAAGGCCACGGACUGCAGGUCUCUGUCUCUGCUGCUCAGGGAGGUGAUGUCUGGAUCUGUCAUUCUUCCCACGAUGGACUUCAUGGCCGAUCCUGACACGGUCAACCUCAUGGUGCUUCUGUUCGUGGACGACACUCCGCCUGAAGCGGCCUCGGAGCCCCCCUCUCCUCUGGUCCCGUUUCUGCACAGAUACGCCACCGCCACAGACAAGAAAUCCUCCGUGCUGAAGCUGGAGCUGAAGCACAUCCGCGAGCAGCAGGACCUUCUCUUCAGAUUCAUGAACUUCCUCAAACAAGAAGGAGCCGUCCAUGUACUGCAGUUCUGCCUCACUGUCGAGGAGUUUAAUGACCGGAUCCUUCAGCCUGAGCUCUCCGACUCUCAGCUCCUGGCGCUUCACUCUGAGGUGGAGCACAUGUACGAGACCUACUGCUUGGACGAGAGCAUCGACAAGAUCAGCUUCGACCCGGUCAUCAUCGAGGAGAUCCGCAGCGUUGCCACGUCCCCGUACACGGAGGUGGUGCGUUUGCAGAAGAUGACGUGUCUGUUUGAGGCCUAUGAGCACGUUCUGUCUCUGCUGGAGAACGUCUUCACCCCCAUGUUCUGCCACAGCGACGAGUAUUUCCGACAUCUGCUCCGAGGAGUCGAGUCUCCAACGAGAAACUCCAAAAUCAGCAGAAACGCGACGCGGCGUGGAGAAGCGUCGGGCAUCAGUCGCAUCGGCAGCAAAAUCAAAGGAGUGUUCAAGAGCAGCACACUAGAGGGCACCAUGCUGCCCCCCAGCGCCAUGGCCGACCCCGACGACGACCUGGAGGAGGCCACGAUGGUCCAGGAAGGGGACUACCUGUCAGAGCCUCAGGCCUGGUCCGGGUCCGGUCCUAGUCUUGGGUCCGGGGCGAGUUCUGGGUCUGGGAGGAACCUGUCGGAGUGGAGCGCCUGGAUCCCGUUCAUUGACGUGAUGGAAGACGAGGUCCGGAAAGAGAGAGUCCCGGCCUUCCUCAUCCAAGUCCAACGAAAUGACCGCAGAGGAGUGGGCCAUGAGGCUGAGAGUUGGUGUGUUCUCAGGAGGUACAUGGAGUUCUACGUUCUGGAAUCCAAACUCACAGAGUUUCACGGUCCGUUCCCGGACGCUCAGCUUCCGUCCAAACGGAUCCUGGGUCCAAAGAAUUAUGAGUUCCUGGAGUCGAAGAGGCCGGAGUUUGAGGAGUAUCUCCAGAACCUUCUGCGUGUCCCGGAGCUCAGUAACAGUCAGCUCCUCGCAGACUUCCUGUCUCCUCACAGCAUCGAGUCUCAGUUCACCGACAAAAUCAUCCCCGACGUCAACCUGGGAAAAAUAUUCAAGUCUGUCCCUGGAAAACUCAUGAAAGAGAAGGGGCAGAACCUGGAGCCGUUCAUUCAGUCGUUUUUUAACUCGUGUGAAUCUCCCAAACCCAAACCGAGUCGCAACGAGCUCACCGUGCUCAGCCCCACGGCCCACACCGACAAGAAGCUGUUCACAGAUCUGUACCAAAACAACGCCGCUCUGGGUGACGUCUCGGACAGGAAGAACCCGCACAACUACUUCGUGGAGCAGCAGCGUCUCCACGGGAUGUUCGACUACAUGAUGUUUGUGGCGCGCGUGGUUUUCCGAGUCUCCGCCCCCUUACAUCACUUCCUGUGCGCCGUGCGGAUCUUGGCGAAGCGUUCGUUCGAGGCGUACGUGGAUCAGCUGAUGCACCUGAAGCUGGGACAGAUCCUCCAGGAACAUCGCCUCGUGUCCCUGAUCACACAACUCCGAGAUGCUGUUUUCUGUGAAGAUUCUGAGGAGAGAAGCUCUGAGGACAAACAGCUGAGAGCCAAGAAAACGUUUGAGGAGAUGAUGAAGUAUUUACCAGAUUUUGUGUCUAAACUCAUCGGGGACGAGUCCAAGUACGAAGGAGUGAGACUUUUGUUUGACAUGAUCCAGCAGCCGCUCCUCAACAAACAGAUGACGUACGUUCUGUUGGACAUCGCCGUGCAGGAGCUGUUCCCCGAGCUCAGUAAGGCUCCUGCUCGCGAGGCCUUCGUCGUGUGACUGCGGUUUAUUUCCGUGUGUCGUGUUUGUUUCACGUUCAGGAUCUUUGUGUAAAAACAUUCCUCUGAAUCAUGAAAACACUAAAACUUUAAUAUUAAAUUAUUUAUUCUCUUAAAA